GGUCCUAGAGAAGAGGGGAGUCUGAAGAUCGUUUCAAGUCCUUUGGUUAUUACAUUUAAUUCUCAGCAAUGUGAAAUCCAGCACCUCAAGAUGUCAGAAUUUCACCGGGACCAGAAGUGACCCAAGAUGAAACUCAGGAUGACCAAAUGUGAAAUAAGAUGAAAUUCUCGUGUGAUGCUUAGUGUCCAUGCUGCUCUCCUGGGGGUCAUGAGCAACGUGACUGAUGGCCUUGGCUGACUGCAGUUGACACCAAGGGAUCUUUUCUGAAUGAGUGAACAAACAUAAACCCUGGAUUGAGACAUCAUACCAUGGAAUCAUAACCGAAAAUAAUGACACUGUAAUUUUGGAUCCUCCUCUUGUUGCUUUGGAUAAAGAUGCACCUGUUCCCUUUGCAGGUGAGAUCUGUGCUUUUAAAAUCCAUGGACAAGAAAUGCCCUUUGAGGCUGUCGUGCUAAACAAGACAUCUGGAGAAGGUCGUCUUCGAGCAAAAAAUCCUAUUGACUGUGAACUGCAGAAGGAAUACACGUUCAUCAUACAGGCCUAUGAUUGUGGAUCAGGACCAAGUGGAACAAACUGGAAGAAAUCUCACAAGGCAGUGGUCCAUAUCCAGGUAAAGGAUGUCAAUGAGUUUUCACCAGCUUUCAAGGAGAGUGUGUAUAAGGCCACCGUGACAGAGGGAAAGAUCUAUGAUAGCAUACUGCAGGUAGAAGCCAUGGACGAAGACUGUUCUCCACAGUACAGCCAGAUCUGCAAUUAUGAAAUUGUCACAACAGAUGUUCCUUUUGCCAUCGACAGAAAUGGUAACAUCAGAAACACUGAGAAGCUGAACUAUGAUAAACAGCAUCAGUAUGAGAUAAUGGUAACAGCUUUUGACUGUGGGCAAAAACAUGCAAGAGAAGAUGUCUUAGUACGAGUUAAUGUAAAACCAGUGUGCAAACCAGGCUGGCAAGACUGGAACAAACGUAUUGAAUACAAGCCUGGUUCUGGCAGCAUACCUUUGUUUCCCAGCAUUCAUCUAGAAACAUGUGAUGGACCAGUUUCCUCAAUACAUGCAACCAUUGAAUUGCAGACCAAUUACAUUGGAAAGGGCUGUGAUCGUGAAACGUACUCAGAAAAAUCUCUGCAGAAACUAUGCGGAGCAUCCUCAGGUGCCAUUGACCUGUUACCAUCUCCCAGUGCAACAACUAAUUGGACAGCUGGGCUUCUCAUGGAUAACAAUGACAUAAUUUUUAAAUUUGAUGGAAAGCAAGGAGCCAAAAUUCCAGAUGGAAUAGUCCCAAAGAAUUUAACUGAUCAAUUCACCAUAACUCUGUGGAUGAAACAUGGACCUAGCCAAGGAUUAAGAGCUGAGAAAGAGACUAUUCUCUGCAACUCUGACAAGACAGAGAUGAACCGACAUCACUAUGCCUUGUAUGUGCACAACUGCCGAUUAGUGUUUCUGUUGCGUAAAGACUUUGAUCAGGCUGACACAUUUCGCCCUGCGGAGUUCCAUUGGAAACUGGAUCAGAUUUGUGAUAAAGAAUGGCAUUACUAUGUUGUCAAUGUUGAGUUUCCCGUUGUUACUUUAUAUAUGGAUGGAACAACAUAUGAACCUUAUCUUGUGACCAACGAUUGGCCCAUCCACCCUUCACACAUAGCCAUGCAGCUGACAAUCGGUGCUUGUUGGCAAGGAGGUGAAGUCACCAAGCCCAGGUUCGCUCAGUAUUUCCACGGCAGCCUAGCCAGUCUAACUAUCCGCCCAGGCAAAAUUGAGAGCCAGAAAGUGAUUUCCUGUUUGCAGGCCUGCAAGGAAGGUCUGGAUAUUAAUUCACUUGAGAGUCUUGGCCAAGGAAUAAAGUAUCACUUCAACCCUUCCCAGUCAGUCCUUGUCAUGGAAGGAGAUGACAUUGAGAAUAUAAAUCAAGCUCUCCGAAAGGUCUCAUAUAUCAACUCUAGACAGUUUCCUACUGCAGGCGUACGACGUCUCAAAGUCUCAUCUACAGUCCAAUGUUUUGGUGAAGAUAUCUGCAUUAGUAUCCCAGAUAUCGAUGCGUAUGUAAUGGUGUUUCAGGCCAAUGAGCCCAAGAUUACAAUAAGUGGGAUGGACCACUUUGCUAGACCAGCUGCACAAUUUGAAAGUGAAAGAGGUGUUACGCUGUUACCUGACAUAAGGAUUGUCAGCACAGUCACUAAAACGGAGCAUCCAGUGGACUUCAAAGAAAAUGGUGGAGCCAAUAAGCCAGUGGUAUUAGAGGAAGUGCUCCACAACUUGGAUUUCUGUGAUAUUUUGGUCAGUGGUGCAGAACUAGAUCCUGAACAAGAGUGUUUAGAACUAGAUCAUGUGGAGCUUCAAGGAAAACAUCUAGAUGCUACAAAUUCCACAGCAGGAUAUUCAAUUUAUGGUGUGGACACCACGCACAACUAUGAGCUGGUUCUUCGGCAGAUUCGAUAUCGUAACUGGUACACUUCUGCCACCUUUGACAGAAAGUUCAGAGUCAAGUGCUCUGAGCUAAAUGGGCGUUACACCAGCAAUGAAUUCAACUUGGAGAUUAAUAUUCUACACAGUUCCAACGCCAACUUUAUGGAUCAUGUAAACCAUAUGAUAGUACAGCCGCAGUUUCUCCAGUCUGUCCACCAUCCAGAGGGAAGAAUAAGUACUGUUCACAACUCAGUUGUUCCAAGUGUGGCUACUAUUGUUAUUGUGAUCUGUGUGAGCAUACUCAUUCUCAUCAUAGCCUUGGGGAUCUACAGAAUUCGGACAGCUCAUCAGCACAGCUCUACAGACAAUGAUGGAAUUAAAGAAAAUGAAAUGGAUUGGGAUGAUUCUGCUCUGACUAUUACUGUCAACCCCAUGGAGAAAUAUGAAAAGCCUCACCAGGCAGAAGAGGAGAGUGCGGAGGAAGAAGACAUAGAAGAUGAAGAGGAAGACAUGACCAGUGCUGAGUCAGAUGAAAGUGAAGAGGAGGAGGAGGAGGAGGAGGAGGAGGAGGAGGAAGAGGAAGAAAUGAUUGCCCCAAAGGGAGACAAACAGAAUUCCGCCAGGCAAGAGCAGUUGGAGUGGGAUGAUUCAACACUCCCAUACUAACAUACAUACUCUGGCCACAUUGCUCCUUUUGUAACCACCAAUACAAUGUUUUUCAGAGUCUAUGAAUUUAUUGACAGGGUUUGAACUUCUGCUUGCCUAUAACUGUUUUGCCUAAAAUGAUCUUGUUGUAGUAAUUGGUGAUAGAACUGACCCUUUUCCUACAAAGCUUGGAGAACGCGUGGUGCAAACAUACUGGCAUCACCAGUAAUAGCGUAAUCUAGAACUUGAUCUGUUAGCAAGUGUAGGCCUCAAUUUCUUGUUUCUGUACCACGGGCCUCUGACAAAAGUCCUGUCACUCAGUCCACAGAGGUUUUUGCCUUUGCUAUUUUUUUCAUACAGGAGAGGUUUGAGCUUGUUAUGAAGAAUUAUCUAUAUGGGUCCAAAUAACACAGCAGCCAUUUGGCUUCACACUUUUACAGGUGUAAAAAUAUAAUUCCAUUUCAAAUUAGGACAGUUUUAGCGCUACAGGUGACAGAGACUGUAUUCCAUUUGUCAUCUCUUCCUGCCUUCUUGGAUAUUAACUGUUUUCUACAAGGGAAUAUUUAGGACUUGACCUGGGAUGCAUGUGUGCCUAUGUAAAACUGGACAGUGUAUUUUUCAGGAAUGCUGUCAGAAACCUGAAGACAGGGACUUUAUCCAACUUGCCCACAGAGGCUUAAGAAAGUUUAAAAAAAAAACAAUAAACCAGCAACAAGGGGAUGCUGAAGGUUACAAAAAAUAAAAUAAAUCAUUGUAUAUCCACAAAUUAAUAUGAUCUUACAGAAACUGUAAAUUCUAAUGGAAUUGAUAUACUGAAAACCUGUAGAGUUGCUCAUUAGUUAUGGAUUGAACAAUUUGCAGCAAAUCAAUGCUUUAACUGUCUGUCUUGUAAAAUCAUUAGCUUGCUGCAGUAUCUUACUGAAGUAGUGGAAAAUAAGUGACCCCAUUAUUCCACAGGUAUGUACAGUUGGGAUUUAAACAAUGAUUUUUACAUGAAGAAAAGGUUCCCUUUUGCUUUAUUGAAUGCCAGCUGGAAUUCCUGUCUGGCUUCAUUCUAUAAAACAUUAUGCCCUGUUUCUUCUGUACACUUACCACCCAUGAGUGGCACAAAAGAAACAUAUACAUCUGUUAGCCCUCUUUUGUGCUCAUAAUUCGCCUGCAUUUCUUCUUCCUGAAGCCAUUUUUGUUGACAAAAGGUUUUAUAAAGCAGAACAAGAACAAAUAAAACCUACCUGGAACCAAAAGAAGAGAAGAGAAAAAAAAUAAAUCCUAAGAGGUUGAGAGAGUAUUUUAGUUUGUUAUGGUAACACAGCAUAUUUUUCUUAUACACUGUUUAAAGAUAUAAAAAAAAAAAGGCUACGUAAAAUGUGUUGGUAAGUCUGUGUGGUGUGUUCUCUGUCCCCUUUCCUUAAUAAUCUUUGUAUCUUCAAAUGCUCUGCAUACCAAAUGAAUCAGCACUUGCUAGGAUAACUGUUCUAAUGCAUAUAAAAAAAACAAAUGGCAUGGAAGUGACUGCUGCCUAGUGGCUUUUCUGCUCCUUUCCCAAGUAGUUCCUUUUCUUUAUUACUUCAUCACUGACUUUUGCAUUUGUAAUUUGCUACUUCAAAUGAGUUACUUACUCUUUUCCUCUCUCCCAAAGAAACAAGCAGUCAGUCUUGCCACAAAAGGAUGUUCCUGAGCACUCAUGAAUGGUAGCUGAUCCCACAAAGAAUAACCUAAGAGAUCUUGAGGGUAUCCACCUCCCUCAGUAGUUUCUGUUUAUUAGAACCUGGUCUUAGAAUAUAGAGAAUGUAUUGUGCUUUUAUUUAAAUUUAUCAUCAGUGGGGUUUUUUUUUGUUUGUUUGUGUUGUUUUGUUUUAAUUACAGUUUCUGCAUCUGAUAGCUGUAAGGAAAGAUUGACCUCAACUGGUCAUCGUAGUUUAAUAACUGGAAAGUAAAUGAAAUGAACCCUAAAUAUAUUUUAAAAUUUGAGAUCUUUAUGCUCUUUUUGUUGUUGUUAAGACUGGCAAUACAAAAGUUUUGUUAUAUGUGCAGUCCUAUUUGCUUUUUGUACUAGUCUCUUACAUGAAUUAAAAGAAUAUUUACAGAAUUGAGCCCAGAUACAUAAAAUGUAUCUGCAGGAAUAAAGAUCAUAUAAAAUGAGCUAAAAUUUCAGUUUAUGUACCAUCUAACCAGAACAGAAAGAUUUAUGUUAGAUCAUUUCCUAGCAUCCUAGUACCCUACAUCAUUUCCUAGUGUUAAUUUUUUUGUUAGUGACAUGAAGCAGGCCCUUCACGAUGCUUGCUAUCAGCACAUUUGUUAGCAAAUCUUUCUGUUCAGAAAAAAAACAGGAGAUCUAAAAUUAAAAGUAGAUAAUUAAAUGUCAAUUUCAGUUUUAAAACUGGACUUAAAUUAUUUUUAAAGUCUCUGUUGUUCCUAGUUAUUAUUAUUGUUGUUAUCACAGCAAACAUUAGGGCAACUUGAAAACAGCAAUUUAGAAUCUGACUGACAGCUUUUAAUUCUUUUAUACAUUUGUGUCUAUAUAGGUGUGUUUGUCCAUCUGUUUUUUUUUUUUAUCUUUUUGUUACUGGAAGCAAAUCUUUUCAGGUCAUGCUAGUACAUCACAAAAGAAGCAAACAUGAAGUAUUUUCUCUACUGUAAAUAAACCUACCUUUUUAGACCUAAGCAUAGUAAUAAAAGAAUGUGUGUUAUCACUAGAAUUUGGUUUGCAACAAAAUAUUCAGAAAACUAGAAUGUAUCACUGUACAUACCUUAGAUUGCUCGGUGGGGUGGGUUAUGCAGCAUUUUUCAUUCAGAUGAACAGAAAAAUCC